AUGGCCUCGUUUCCCAGCAUAGUGAGGGACCUCACUAGUCAGAUGGAGUCCGAGGCAACCCCAGCCCCACCGGAGCACCAACCAAUCGUCGGAGAGGCCUCUACCACGAGAGAGGAGAUGCCUCAGGCAACCGACAUUACGGGAGGUAGCCCUAUGGUCUCCAUGACUAUGGAAAACCUGCAGGCACUUUUGGCGAGCGCUGUCCAGGAGGGCUCUGCUCGCGCGCCAAAGGAGCCUGAGGCAGCGUCACCCAAGAGAAGGAUGGAGGAGAUGGUGGUACGAGGGGGCGAGGGGCCCGGCCGCACGAGUUCCUCGCUCGGUACAUUAAGCCCUUUCUCAGCCAGCGUUCUGGAGGACGACCUGCCACACUCAUUUCGACCUGUUACUUAUGAAUAUUGUGGAACCACCGACCCUUUCGAGCAUCUCUGUCGCUUCAACAACACUUCGGAUUUGCACCGAUUCACUGAGGGAGUAAAAUGUCGAGUCUUCGCGACUACGCUAGCAGGAGCCGCGCAAACUUGGUUCAGCCAGCUGCCUGCCGGCACGAUUGGCGGUUUCGACCAGCUAAGCGCCUGUUUUAUGGAUCACUUCGCUAGCUCAAAAAAACAGAAAAGGAGCACCUUGACGCUGUUCGCGGUCAAGCAGAGGGAGGGAGAAUAUCUACGGAGUUUUAUCAAGCGUUUCAUCUCGGCCACCUUGGAAGUACCAAUCACCUCGGAGGAGGUCUUGAUCAGUGCUCUCGCCCAAGGGCUGCGGGCCGGCGAUUUCUUCACCUCGCUCUCGAAAAAGCCCCCCGCAUCUUUCAAUGCUCUGCUGAAAAAAGCCGAGCGGUAUAUGAACGCCGAGGAGGCAGUGCAUAAUAAAUUUGGCGAAGCCAAAGGCAACCACGAUGCGAGAAGGGAUAGGAAGGAGGAUAGAACGCAGAGACCGCCUCAACUCGCGAGAAGGGAGGUGAAAAACGAGAGAAAGAUUGGACCUCGUUUUGACAGCUACGCAACGCUAGUCGCGCAACCGGGUGAAAUAUUGUUGGCCAUAGAAAAUAACCCAAAGUUAAAGUGGCCUCGCACAUAUGCAGAAGCACCGAAGAAAAGCCCCACGUUGGGAAGUUUCUGUCGCUUUCAUAAUGAUUAUGGCCACACCACCAAUGAAUGCCAACACCUCCGUGACGAGAUCGAGAGGCUCAUACGUGCAAAAAAUCUGCCGGAAUUUGUAAAAGAAGGGAACCAGCGCCUGCAGCAAGCCCCCGCUCGACGCGCGAACGAGCCUCGCAAGCUUGAAUUGGGAAGGGAGAAGCAGAACGAGAGGAAGGACCAAGUGGCGCCCGCCAACUUCAUUAGCAUGAUUUUGGGAGGACCCUCGGGGGGAGAUUCCAACAGGGCCCGGCGAGCGCACCUGAGGCAGUUGCGAGAGACUGAGGAGUUAUUUGGAGAAAUAGAAGAAGCAGAUCGGGCGAGUCGUGUACACCUCCGACGCUUGUACGAGAUGGAAGCUCAGCUCGAGGAGGUGCAAAGAAUUUCCUAUGUUCCACCCAUUACUUUUGGUCCGCAGGACGAAGAAGGAAUCAGACAGCCGCAUUCUGAUGCCCUGGUGAUUACUGCCAUGGUCGCCAAUUUUGAUAUCGCAAGGAUUCUGGUGGACACUGGCAGUUCCGCUGAUGUUAUCUACUACGACUGCUUCAAGAAGAUGAAUAUGGAUUUUGAAUUGAAAUAUGUAGAGACCAGCUUGGUCGGGUUCUCAGGAGAGUCGAUUCGGUCAGUCGGAGAGGUAUGCCUACCCAUUUCGCUCGGAAUGGAGCCGACGCGAGCCACGCGCUCCGUAAAGUUUUUAGUGCUGGAUGCGCCCUCUACCUACAACAUCAUAUUGGGACGCCCCUCCAUGAAUUCAUUCCAGGCGGUAGUCUCAACUUACCAUAUGAAGCUAAAAUUCCCCGUCCUGGAUAAGAUUGGGGAGGUCCGAGGGGAUCAAGAGACCUCGAGGAGGUGCUAUUAUGACGCAUUGAGGAGAAUAGGAAACAUAGAUACUAUUCGCACUGUCAAUCCGGGCGGCCGGGAGAAGGACCGAAUGCCGGAGAUAGAACCUGCAAAAGAAGAAGCCCACGUAAAGCCGAUGGAGGAGUUGAUGGUAAUUCAAAUCUGCGAGAAGGAUGCCUCUCGCACCACCCGCAUAGGUGGCGGGUUAGACGCUGACAUGUCUCAACAGCUGACAGAAUUUCUGAAGCAGAAUGAGGAUGUGUUCGCAUUCACUCCAGCAGAUCUCGGGAGUAUCGACGAACAGCUCGUAGUGCAUAGACUAAACGUUAAGCAGAAUGCGAAACCAGUUAAGCAAAAGCGUCGGCAUUUUGGAGCAGAGAAAGACAAAAUUAUACAUGAAGAAGUACAGAAGUUGUUAGCAGCGGGACAGAUCCGGGAGAUUCGUUUUCCUAUUUGGCUGUCCAAUGCAGCUUUAGUCAAGAAGGGCGAGGGGAAGUGGCGAAUGUGCAUUGACUUCAGGGAUCUCAACAAAGCAUGUCCCAAGGACUACUACCCUCUUCCGCGAAUCGACCAACUCGUAGAUUCAACCGCCGGUUGCGAGAUGUUGAGUAUGAUGGACGCCUCACAAGGAUACCAUCAGAUUCCGUUGUGCCUUGGCGACCAGCCCAAGGUGAGCUUCAUCACCUCCACUGGAACCUAUUGCUAUACGGUAAUGCCUUUUGGGCUUAAAAACGCGGGAGCCACGUACCAGAGGCUAGUAGACAAGAUGUUCAGAGACCAACUCGGGAGAAACAUGGAGAUAUACGUGGAUGAUAUGUUGGUGAAAAGUCAAAAGGCGACCACUCAUUUAGAAGAUUUAAAGGAAACAUUCGGCACGCUCUGA